AUGGCGACCUUCAUAGGACGUGAGUGAAUAGGUUUAGCUUAUAGCUAAACUAGAUAUAGUCGUUUGAUUGGCUGAGUGUAUCUUUCUUUUUGUGACUUAUGUUAGUUGUUAUUGUAUAUUAAUUUUAAAAAAUUAACGGCAAUGCAGAGUGGAUGUGUGAUUCAGGAAAAGGUGGCCAGGUUGUUGAGUAAAGAGCGUGGAAAGCCCGUCCUCAAACCCAACAAGCCUCUGGCUCUUAAAAACGAAGUCGCUAACCGCAAGCCGAAAAAAGGAGAGGCCUCCUGUGUGACAGAGAUGGCAUUAGUGAUGGCCUGCUGGAAGCAGAAUGACUUCAACACCAAACUCUGCUCUAACGAAAUUGACGUGUUCUACAGAUGUAUACAGAAAGCGCAGGCAGAAGCACGCAACCAAAUGAAGCAACAAACCCUUUCCCAGGGUGGACGGCUUUUACCAAAACAGGCCACCAAGCUGUUGAAGCGGUACCCCAAUUUGUGAGAGUCUGGCACUGGCAGUGAUUUGUGAGCGAGUGACAUGGGCAUGAAUCAACAACAACAACACCGGACUGAUAGAGACAUGGUUUUGGGUGUGGCCGUUAGACGCACACAGCUCAUUUGCCACUUCAAAGCUGUUGGUCUUGUAUUUAAUCAUAUCGUCAUCAGCAGCAGAUCAUGGCAAAGCAAAGGAGCUGCUUUUAUAAGAUUGUGGAUGCAGUUUAAUAUUUGAGUAGAUCACUCUAAUUCACCCUGUGAAAGCAGGAAUAAAGCAAGUCACCUUGUCAUCUCUCUGAUUAGAAAAAAGCAGCAGCUCACACUGUGUAAUGUUUGAAAGUUUAUUUGUUGAAAUAUUAUUGUGAAUGUUGAUGUCAUAAAAUGAUUUCCCUAACAACUUAA